AUGAGUCGGAGAGGACCUUUGCAAAAGAAUGAAGAGACGGACAAGCCGUUGCGAAUUGCUAUUGUGGAGAAAGAUCGAUGCAAACCGAAGAACUGUGGACUUCUUUGCAAACGAUCCUGUCCUGUAAAUAAAAUGGGAAAACAAUGCAUUGUCGUCGAGGCAACAUCCACUAUAGCAGAAAUUUCCGAAGUGCUCUGCAUUGGUUGUGGUAUAUGCGUGAAGAAAUGUCCCUAUAAUGCUAUCACGAUUAUCAAUUUACCGACAAAUCUCGCGAAUGAGACUACGCAUCGUUACUCGAUGAACUCCUUCAAAUUACAUCGUCUUCCCACUCCACGUACUGGAGAGGUGCGUUUUUACUGCUCUCUGAAAAAUUGGCCGUUGGCUUCCGAAAGAAGGGUUGGGGAAGAGGUUAUGUAG